CCCAGUGCCAGUCGCAGCACCAGCAGUAGAACAACCUCCUGCAGCGCGAGCUGUUUUUGAAGAAGCUUCUACUCCCAUAGUUGUGCAGAAAAAAUCCGCCUCCGUACUAUCCGUUUUAGGUAGUUCUAAAUCCGUUUUAGAUAUCGAACCCGUUGAAAGAGAACGAGAAGAACGAGUUGCAACUGCAAGCACAACAAAUAAAGACAGGAGAGAGCAGUUCCUAAAGGCUGGAACUGAAGCACGGCAAAUGAUUGUUUUGAAUCUGCAUGCAGCAAUGCUUGACGUGGUCGCAGACGUAGUAGACACGACCUCCGUAGCAGGCGGGCAAACAUCAUCUUCACAGAAUAAACUAGAACUAGUCCACCUCGCAGACGUAGACACGACCGUAGCAGACGGGCAAACAUCAUCACAGAAACUACAGACUGUGAAAAGAAUCAUCGAUAAUGCUCCACCUGCGGACUCACAUGAUGGUGAGCAAUAUGCCCAUGCCAUUGUGGAUGCAGACUGUGUGUCAUCCUCAUCUUCAUCAUAUGGAGGGGAUCACGGUGGAGGUGAAGAUCAUGGGACUACAGUUAUGGUAGUAGUAGAUCCAGAAGCUUCGAAAAAUAAGGACAACAAGGUGAUGAAUCUUCUCGUGAAUACGUCGAUUUCCGGCGCUGCUGUAGCUGUUGGUGAAGAAGCAGUUGAAAAAGGCCAAGUUCCUGAAGAUGUAGUGUCGAACACGGCGAAUACUUUUACUUCCUCUUCCGCAGGAGGUGUAGGCGAUGAUGUUGAGGGCACCACAUUUUCCCUAGUAGAAGAGCAGUUGUCGCCUUCGAGGAAAAGCAACUCAGGAGCAGGGGAAGAAGUGGUUGUAGCGGGAACUAGCUUAAGUUCAGCUGUUGUGGACGAAGAGGAGCAAAAAGUUGCUCAAGAACUACAAGCGACGUCGACCGCCAGUGUUGCUUCGACAAGUAAACAACAAGAAGCACGACGACAUCAACCACAACCACGGACAAGCGCAGGCAAGAGUACUGUGGAAGACGAGGGAGUAGAACAGAG